AGCAGAAUGCUCAUGAAGUAGCAAUUUAAGUGGCAGUGUUAUUCCGAAAUCCUCAGGCAGCCAGAUUGUCUUAGGCAAAUCUUGAUAAAAUAUCCUUUUUCCAGGCUUUUAUCGAAGGAAUCCUAAGAAGACUGGUGAAUGGAGAGACAGCAAACGCUCAUGUCAGAGAAGGACGGGUAUCAGUUUCAACAUGAGGGAGCAGUGGAGCUGCUUGUCUUUAAUUUUUUGCUCAUCCUUACCAUUUUGACAAUCUGGUUAUUUAAAAAUCAUCGAUUUCGCUUCUUGCAUGAGACCGGUGGAGCUAUGGUGUACGGUCUCAUAAUGGGAUUAAUCUUAAGAUAUGCUACAGCACCAACUGAUGUAGAAAGUGGAGCUGUUUAUGAUUGCGGAAAACUGACCUUCAGUCCAUCAACUCUACUGAUUAAUAUCACUGACCAAGUUUAUGAAUAUAAAUACAAAAGAGAAAUAAGCCAGCACAACAUCAAUCCUCACCAAGGCAAUGCUAUACUUGAAAAGAUGACGUUUGAUCCAGAAAUCUUCUUCAAUGUUCUGCUGCCACCAAUUAUAUUUCAUGCAGGAUAUAGCCUAAAGAAGAGACACUUUUUUCAAAACUUAGGAUCUAUUUUAACAUAUGCUUUCUUGGGAACUGCCAUCUCCUGUAUCGUCAUAGGGUUAAUUAUGUAUGGCUUUGUGAAGUCUAUGGUAUACGUUGGCCAGUUGAAAAACGGAGACUUCCAUUUCACCGACUGUUUGUUUUUUGGUUCACUGAUGUCUGCUACAGAUCCAGUGACAGUGCUGGCCAUCUUUCAUGAAUUGCAUGUUGACCCCAACUUGUACACACUCUUGUUCGGAGAAAGUGUAUUGAAUGAUGCAGUGGCCAUAGUCCUUACAUAUUCUAUAUCCAUUUACAGUCCCAAGGAGAAUCCAAAUGCAUUUGAUGCUGCAGCAUUCUUCCAGUCUGUGGGGAAUUUCCUGGGGAUCUUCGCUGGCUCAUUUGCAAUGGGAUCUGCAUAUGCUGUUGUCACAGCACUAUUGACCAAAUUUACCAAACUGCGUGAGUUCCCUAUGCUGGAAACAGGCUUGUUUUUCCUCCUGUCUUGGAGUGCCUUCCUGUCUGCCGAGGCCGCCAGCCUGACAGGGAUAGUCGCUGUUCUCUUCUGUGGAGUCACACAGGCACAUUAUACCUACAACAAUCUGUCACUGGAUUCCAAAAUGAGGACUAAACAGUUGUUUGAAUUUAUGAACUUUUUGGCUGAGAACGUCAUCUUCUGUUACAUGGGCCUGGCACUGUUCACGUUCCAGAAUCAUAUCUUUAAUGCUCUCUUUAUACUUGGAGCCUUUCUAGCAAUUUUUGUUGCCAGAGCCUGCAACAUAUAUCCCCUCUCUUUCCUCCUGAAUCUGGGCCGAAAACAGAAGAUUCCCAAGAACUUUCAGCACAUGAUGAUGUUUUCAGGUCUGAGAGGAGCAAUAGCAUUUGCCUUAGCUAUUCGGGACACAGAAUCUCAGCCCAAACAGAUGAUGUUCACCACCACGUUGCUGCUCGUGUUCUUCACAGUCUGGGUGUUUGGAGGAGGGACGACUCCCAUGCUGACUUGGCUUCAGAUCAGAGUUGGUGUGGACUUGGAUGAAGACUUGAAGAAGGAGCCCUCUUCACACCAGGAAGCAAAUAACUUGGAUAAAAGCACAACAAAAACAGAGAGUGCUUGGCUCUUCAGAAUGUGGUACGGCUUUGACCAUAAAUAUCUGAAACCAAUUUUAACCCACUCUGGUCCUCCGCUGACCACGACAUUACCUGAAUGGUGUGGUCCAAUUUCCAGGCUGCUCACCAGUCCUCAGGCUUAUGGGGAACAGCUAAAGGAGGAUGAUGUGGAAUGCAUUGUAAAUCAAGAUGAACUAGCCAUGAAUUACCAAGAGCAAGCCACCUCACCCUGCAGUCCUCCGGCAAGGCUGGGUCUGGACAAGAAAGCUUCGCCUCAGACUCCAAACAAGGAAAACAUUUACGAGGGGGACCUCGGCCUAGGAGGCUAUGAACUCAAGCUUGAGCAAACUUUGGGUCAAUCCCAGCUGAAUUAAUGGGCAUGAACAGUACAGAUGUAAUCACAAGUAAUGCAGGGUUCACUGAGGAAUACAAGCCAAGAUGACAAGGCAGUACAGAGGAGAGGUAGAAAAUACAUUAAGAACAUAAAUUGGAGAGAAUAAAACCUUGUCAUAUGUAAGCUCUG